AUGUCGAUAACUGUAAUCGAAGAUUUUUCCAAUGAGGUUUUCUAUGAAAUAUUCGAAUAUCUCGAUGGUUGUGAAAUAUAUAAAACAUUUUCAAAUCUUAAUCGUCGUUUUAAUCAACUUUUUAAUCAUUCAUCUUUUGUUUUUAACCUUGAUUUAUUUUGUUCAAAACCUAUUGACUUAAAUAUAAAUAUUUAUAAACAACUUCUACUUAAUAACAAACAUCAAAUACUUUCAUUUCGUAUAUGUUUACCAAGAGAAAACUGUGAAUUUUUUUCAUCAUUAUCAAUCGAUUCAUCAUUUAAUCAUCUUGAAUCAAUUGUUAUUAAGGCACUUUCACCAGCUAUACUUAUGUCACUUCUCACUAAUUUAUCUUGUUUACCUCGUCUUUUCUCAUUAACCAUCGAUACAGGAUUGUUAUCAACAGAUUUAACAUUCUCAAGUAUUGGCCCCAAGUUACUGCCAAUUGCUACCAAUGAACAAACUAGUACUAUUGAACAUCUUAUUAUUAAUCAUGAUUGUACUUUUAAUGAACUUUGUAUUCUUUUGUCUUAUACACCUAAACUUUAUCGUUUAAACUUGUUGGCUUUAACUGAAAAUUAUUCCCAUCAUGAACUUAUAUUUUCAUUUAUUUGUCCUAAUUUAACUUAUCUUGCAAUAGAAAUGGCUUAUAUAAGAUUUGAUGAAUUUGAAAUGUUCAUUACGAAAACGAAAUGUAAUUUAAAAGAUUUACAUAUUAAUGCUUUAUCUGAAAAUAGAGAUUAUCUUGAUAGUAAUCGAUGGGAGAAAUUGAUCUGUAAUUAUUUAAUUGAAUUAAAAGAAUUCUAUUUAGAAUAUCGUCAACAAAUUGAUCCUGAAUCUGGAUCUAUAACAAAUUUUAAACCUCCUGAUCAAUGUAAUGGAUUAUUUUGGAUUGAAAAGAAAUGGACAUUCGAAGUUAAAAUGGAUUCAUUCAAUUAUGUUUAUUCAAUUUGUUCAUACAAAAAGAGAUGGUAUGAUGUUAAUUCUUCGAUUGAACUUUCAAAAUCUACUAGGCUUACACUUGUGGAUUUACCCGAUGAUGAUCAUAUGAUGGUAUUUCAUUUAAUUAUUCGUGAUCUUUUACUAGUCACACAGAUUUAUCAUUUGGAAAUUUCUAAAGAAACUAUUUGUUUUAAUAUAUUAAUCAAACUAACGUAUAAAUUAUCUUCACUUGAUUCAUUAAAAAUAACUUCAUUGAUACAAUCACAAUUCGAAUAUCCAUCUAUCAAAGAUAAAAAUUUUCAUUUUGUGUCCAAGAAAAUUAAUAUUACAAAAGUUUAUUUGGAAAAAAUGUCUGCAAUUGACGAAAUUUAUUUUCUUAUGAGACUUUGUCCUCGUAUGGCAUAUCUUAAAGUCGAUUUUAUUAAUGAUAUGGAUAUUGAAUUAUUUAUUAGAAAUAUUUUAAAGAAAAUUAAUAAGGAUCGUAAUCAAUAUCUUCGUUCAUUAUGUAUUCGUAACCCAACCGCAUCUGAUGAAAUUAUUCAAAAAUUAGAAGAAAUGAUUUAUCAAGGGCAAUUACUUAAUCAUUUUACAAUUACAUCGGUAGAUGACAACAUCUAUUUGCAAUGGAAAUAA